CACCAACCCAUCAUCAUCACCCACCCAUCACCAUCACCCACCCAUCACCCAUCUCAGCAGCGAACCCCAAACUCAAGAUGUCCAAGGUCAGGAGCUUCUCCAGCAAGUCCUCCAGCGGUCUCUGCAGAGGUUUCUCCGGCGCCUCCGCUAUGAAGCUGUCCUUUCCCUCCACGGCCACCACCUCCUCGUAUCACCUGCUCAGCGCGGCCACCAACGGUACCCUCGGCUUAGAUGAGAAGGAAACCAUGCAGGACUUGAACAAGCGGCUCAGCAAGUACCUGGACAUGGUCCAUUCCCUCCAGACCAGCAACGAACAGCUGGAGGUCAAGAUCAAGCAGCUGUUGGCUCAAGCAGUACAAAGAAGAGACAUGAGCCCCAUGUUAGCCGAAGCUCAAUCGAUGCGCAAAAAGAUUCUGGACGCGACUCUGGUCAACAAUAGGCUUCUGCUGGAGAUUGACAACACCAAGCUCAGCGCAGAUGACUUCAGAAUGAAGUUCCAGGGGGAAGCUGUCAUCCGCCAGUCAGUGGAGGCCGAUAUUGACCGUCUCCUCCAAGUGAAGGGAGAGUACGAGAUGAGCUCGGCGACACUGACCAACGAGGUGGAAAUGCUGAAGGACGAGCUGCAGUACCUGAAGAAGAACCACCAAGAGGAAGUCAACAUCAUCAAGGCCCAGGCACGCAACGACCAAGUGGAAGUGGAGGUGGACACGGUGGAAGGAGUUGACCUGUCGGCCAUCAUGGCUGAUAUCAGGGCCAAAUACGAGGCGGUGACCAAGAAGAACCGAGAUGACGCCGAGGCUUGGUACAAGGAGCAGAUGAACACCACCACGGUUGAAGUCCAGAAAAACACUCAAGCGCUCGACAAUGCCAAGGCGGAGCUGAACGAAAAACGUCAAAUCCUGCAAACACUGCAGAUGGACCUGGAGGGCCUCAGCAGACAGAACAUGGGACUGGAAAAUAUCGUGGUGGAAACUGAGCAGAGGUACGGGACGCAGCUGCAGAAGAUCCUGAUGGUCGUCUCCAAGCUGGAGGGGGACCUCAACCAGGUGAACAGCGACAUCAUGAACCAGAGGAGAGAAUACGAGGUGCUCCUGAAAACCAAACUAACUCUGGAAGCCGAGAUCGCUGAAUACCGGCGCCUGCUGGGAGGAGAAACCAGUUUCAGAGAAACUGUGAAGACAGCUGUGCCACCACCUCCUCCUCGCGAGCCCACACCACCUCCCUCGGAUAUCAGAAUCAGGAAAACUGUCACCGUCAUCACAGUGAUGGAGGACGAACACGGAAAUGUUCUCGAUCAGAAGAGUGAAGUGGAGCAAUUCGAAGAAAAGCAAAAGAACUGAGAGAGAGAGAGAGAGAGAGAGAGAGAAAGAGAAAAAGAAGCGCAAAACUGGAACCUGAACGAAAAAUCUAAGGAAUUUUUAAAACUGUCUGGUGCUAUGCAAUAUUCUGCUCAUGUGUCUUUUCAUUACGGGGCUGGGGUGGGGUGGCAAUGGUAAGUAGAACGGGUUGCAACCUCAUUAUAUCAACUGAAUGAAUUUCUCACUUUACUGUAAAGUGAUCGCUUAAUAAAUAUAGAAAUUCUCAAGAA